GCAUUAAUAACAGCAUCGUCUACUCGACGGGGUUUUCUCUCCAGCAUCUUCGGCCGUUUCUCCGAGCAGACGCCAUUUGCUCGCUCGACUCCAGACCUGAGCGCUGCCGUCCUCUGCCCCGCUAUAAACAGCGCUUCUGCUCUCAGAUAAAGCUAUAGAUAUAUAUAUUGUGUUCUGCAUCAUCAUGACGGACGCCGCCGCGGAGUGUAACAUUAAAGUGCUCUGCCGCUUUCGGCCGCUGAACCAGGCCGAGAUCCUGCGCGGGGACAAAUUCCUGCCCACCUUCCAAGGGGACGACACGGUCAUCAUCGGGGGAAAGUCCUAUGCGUUCGACCGAGUGUUUCCCACCAACACCACUCAGGAGCAGGUCUACAACACCUGUGCCAAGCAGAUCGUCAAAGAUGUGCUGGGCGGCUACAACGGCACCAUCUUUGCCUAUGGACAAACCUCCUCUGGAAAGACUCACACCAUGGAGGGAAACCUUCACGACCCGCAGCAGAUGGGCAUCAUUCCCCGCAUCGCCGAGGACAUCUUCAACCACAUCUUCUCCAUGGAUGAAAACCUGGAGUUCCACAUCAAGGUCUCCUACUUCGAGAUCUACAUGGAGAAAAUCCGCGAUCUUCUGGACGUCACAAAGACCAACCUGUCUGUGCAUGAGGACAAGAACCGCGUCCCGUACGUGAAGGGCUGCACCGAACGCUUCGUCUCCAGUCCUGAGGAGGUGAUGGACGUCAUCGAUGAGGGAAAGUCCAAUCGGCAUGUCGCCGUCACCAACAUGAAUGAGCACAGCUCUCGCAGUCACAGCAUCUUCCUGAUCAACAUUAAGCAGGAGCACGUGGAGACCGAGCAGAAGCUCUGUGGGAAACUCUACCUGGUGGAUCUGGCCGGCAGCGAGAAGGUCAGUAAGACGGGAGCAGCGGGAGCCGUUCUGGAUGAAGCCAAGAACAUCAAUAAGUCUCUGUCUGCGCUGGGAAACGUCAUCUCUGCUCUCGCUGAAGGAACUAAAUCUCACGUGCCGUACCGCGACAGUAAGAUGACCAGGAUCCUGCAGGACUCUCUGGGGGGAAACUGCCGGACCACCAUGUUCAUCUGCUGUUCUCCCUCCAGCUACAAUGACGCUGAGACUAAAUCCACGCUGAUGUUCGGCCAGCGUGCUAAGACCAUCAAGAACACGGCCUCCAUUAACCUGGAGCUGACAGCGGAGCAGUGGAAGAGGAAAUACGAGAAGGAGAAGGAGAAGAACAAGAGUCUGCGGGACUCCAUGCAGAGGCUGGAGCUGGAGCUGCGGCGCUGGCGCAACGGAGAGAAGGUUCCAGAGACGGAGCAGACCGAUGCUGAUGUGGUCAAACUGGACGUCAGUGAAGAGACGUCUCUGGAUAAUGAGAAAUCCUGCGAGCGCCAGCGGGAGCGAGAGCGAGACUCGGACACCUCCUCUAUCGUGGUGCGCAUCUCAGAGGAAGAGCGGCAGAAAUACGAGGAAGAGAUCCGCAAACUCUACCGCCAGCUGGACGACAAGGAUGAUGAGAUCAAUCUCCAGUGUCAGCUGGUGGAGAAGCUGAAGGAGCAGAUUCUGGAUCAGGAUGAGCUGCUGGCCUCCACCCGCGGCGACAGUGAUAAGGUGCAGACGGAGCUGGGUCGUCUGCAGACGGAGAGCGAGAGCGCCAAGGCGGAGGUGCGGGAGGUGCUGCAGGCGCUGGAGGAGCUGGCCGUCAACUACGACCAGAAGAGCCAGGAGGUGGAGGAGAAGAGUCUGCACAACAAACAGCUGGCCGAGCAGCUCAGCCACAAGAUGGCCAACCUGAUGGAGCUGGAGGCGGAGCUAGCGCAGAUGCAGGAAGUGAGCUCACAGCAGAGGAAGCGCAUCGCUGACGUGUUGAACGGCCUGAUGAAGGAUCUCAGCGAGUUCAGCAGCAUCGUCGGAAACGGAGAACUCAAGCUACCGGUGGAGAUCAGCGGUGCGAUUGAGGAGGAGUUCACCGUGGCACGUCUCUACAUCAGCAAGAUUAAAUCUGAGGUGAAGUCGAUGGUGAAGCGCUGCCGGCAGCUGGAGAACAUGCAGCUGGAGUGCCAUCGCAAGAUGGAGGAGACCAGCCGGGAGCUGUCGUCAUGCCAACUGCUCAUCUCACAGCAUGAGGCAAAGAUCCGUUCUCUCACAGAAUACAUGCAGAACGUGGAGCAGAAGAAGAGACAGCUGGAGGACAACUAUGAUGCUCUCAGUGAAGAACUCUACACACUGCAGAACUCUGAGAGUCAUGUGGCAGAGCUGGACGGAGGAGAGAAGGCGGACAGAGAGGCUGAUGGGAAAAAGGCCGCUGUUCGUCCAGCUCUGCAUGCGGAGUCUCGUCAGACGCAGCUCAGCCGCCUGCGGGAUGAAAUUAACGAGAAGCAGAGACUCAUCGACGAGCUCACAGAUAAGAACCAGGCUCUGGAGUUGGAGCUGGCUCACGUGCGCUCCAGUUUCAGCAAUCUGAAGCUGCAGGACGACAGCAAGAGCGCCUGUCUGGAGCAGAUGUCGUUUCAACAGGAGAGACACGAGCAGUCCAAACAGGAUCUCAAGGGCCUUGAGGAGACUGUUGCUCGGGAACUCCAGACCCUCCACAACCUGCGCAAGCUGUUCGUUCAAGACCUCACGACUCGGGUUAAAAAAAGUUCAGAAAUUGGACCUGAUGAUAGUGGGGGGUCUAACACCCAGAAGCAGAAGAUUUCCUUUCUUGAGAACAACCUGGAUCAGCUUACAAAGGUUCAUAAACAGCUGGUACGUGAUAAUGCAGAUCUCCGCUGUGAGCUUCCGAAGCUGGAGAAACGUCUUCGUUCUACGGCUGAGCGGGUUCGGGCGCUGGAGACAGCACUGAAGGACGCCAAACAGGGCGCGAUGAAUGACCGGCGCCGGUACCAGCAGGAGGUGGAGCGCAUCCGGGACGCCAUGAGGCUGCGUUACCCACUGCGCCGGCCCAACGCCGCUCAGAUCGCUAAGCCAGUGAGACCCGGGCAUCACGUCACCGCCACAUCGCCCACCAGCUUCUCCGUCACACGCGCUAGCAAACCGGCCACGUCUUACAGCAAUGCCCGAUUCCUGCAGGACGAGAAGAUGGAGAACAGCCAGAAGACCAACACUGUUGGAUACAGCACUGUGAGAUCCAUAGACAUACUGAGCUCCUGUCCGCUCGACGUGGAGAACGGAAACAGCACAGAUAUUAAUGAUAACAGGAGUGAUGUUCACUGCGGCAGCAUGGUGGACGAUGCCUCUCGAGUGUACAUCAUGCAGCAGGAGACUGCAGCCAGUUAAUCAUUUAAUAUUCCCCAGUGGUCUGCAUGCAGCCGGUCAGCCUUCGCCAUCUUCGUAAAGCUUUGGUUCUAGACUUCUUGGCUCUGUACUGUCUUCUAUUGUAUGAAAUAAUCCUCUAAUCCUCAUGCAGAGUCACAUCGCGUAUCCCGUCUCACGUAUCUCACUGUUGCAUGUUUGUCUGUUUAGUCAGAGAUCAGCCCAUAGACUGUAAAUGAACCCUCACCUACAGUAGAUAUCCCAAUACACACAUCUGUAAUGCUUGCAUAUUAUAACACAGGAGAGAACUAGACAUAAGAACUUCCCUUUAGUCUUGCUGAGCCUUAAAGACGGACGGUUCAAUAGUGUAAGUGUGUGUGUUCAGGAAUACACACUUCUAGAGCUGCAAAACAUGCUGUCCAUGCUUAGCGAGUUUGUCUUGUGCAUAUUUCUUAAAUCAAGAAGCCUUUUCUAGACGACUAUUGUCUUGUUUUCAGAAAUAAUGAGUCACAAUUAUGGGUAAAACAUUAGUGCAAUUGUUUUGCUUUCCCCAUUGUCAGAUUAUUUUGCUUGUUUUAAGGAGAAACUCUCUUCAUUUUGACUCAUUAUUGCUGAAAACAACACUAUAUGUUGUGCUUGUCUGGAAAAUCCUUCUUGAUUUAAGAGUCUGUAGACAUCUGUACUAGAAUCAAGACACAAACUCUAGGUGAGAGAAGCAUUAUGUCAGUGUAGACUGCAUAUAACAGCGUGUGUCAUCAUGUAGAUUUUGAUAAUAUAAUAUUCCAGUACUGACUACCUCCAAUUGUGAAAGAUUUUCAGUGACGUUUGGUUUGCUUUGUGUUCGUUUCUCCAUCAGCAGAUGAUCAUAAGAGAGAAUAAUAAUACUGUAUGUCGAGAGGACACAUCGUCUUACAUGUGCCGUGGUUACACACUGCAUUUAUCUUUCUGCCAAAGGUCUGAAUGUUCACCGCUUCCGAAUUCUCCCGCUUAAAUCCUGAUCAGCCAAUCAGGAGGGCAGAAAGAGGAGCGAGCGUGGUCAUGUGAUCUGCAAUCAGAUUUUGAGUUCUCCUUCAGGAUGUCUUUACACUUUCAUGUUUAGCAAAACAAUGAACGACUGUAUGUGAAGUGUACAAUGAUGAAGGUUUAAUUAUAGCGCUGAAUCCUGUUCCUUCCCCAGUCAUAACUAUCAGAAGGGAAAUAUUCCUGAAGCCCAUGAAGAGAGUUUGUGCAAUAGCGCAGCUGAUUUACCCCAAAUAUCUUUACUGAAGGUUGUUUUAUGUGAUAUAUGUACAGUGUGCUAGUUUGCUGGAAGCAGUUCGAGAAAUAAAUGUAAUUGAAGAAA